GUCCCGGUAUUCGUCGAUCUAAUUUACGUUAUCUUUCGUUACGAUAUAAUCGUAUCAAUUAUGCUGGUGCUGUUUGGGUCGGUGUAAUGUUACGAGACUAUGACACUGCAGACGAUGAACUGUCUAGUCCUGUGAUUUCAGAACUAAACGAACCAGCAGAAAUACAAGAACAUGGAUCACGUCUAAGGAAACACGGUUUAGAAAUAUUGGAUGCCACUGGCAACGACAUAAGAGGUGGUGUUCAAUAUAUUUCACAAGCAUUACGGAGGAAUAAAAGCCUGAAAGAAUUACAUUUAUCAGAAAAUCGCAUAGACUUUAAAGGAUUGAUAUUUAUUGCCGAUGGCAUGAAACACAACUGUCAUUUAGAAUUGCUUGAUAUAAGUCGAAAUCCUAUCGGAGGACCGUCAAUCGAAGGUGUAACCUCGCUUCGCCAUGCCUUGUCAUUAAAUACCAAAUUGAAAAUAUUAUUUAUGUCGAAUACACAAUUGUCAACUGAAGGUGCCAUUGCUCUUGCAGAAUAUCUUCCGGAGACUAAAUCAUUAGUCCAUUUGGACCUUACAGCUAAUCCGGGUAUUGAUAUCGCAGGCGUCAUGGCCUUAGCAGUGUCUAUAAAAAUGAAUUAUAGUGUCCGUAUUCUGGACGUCAAUGUCCAGCCAAAUGAUACAGAAGCAGCUGGACUUUCCAGAGAUAUUCUUCGCACAUGUGUUAGAAAUACCGAAUUAGCACAAAAUGGUUUAGAAAAUAUCGAUUCUAACUUUUUAUUACCAGAUUUUGAUAUUAAACCACAAAAUAAUAGGCAUGUAGUCAAUGAUUCUUCAGAAAUAGGAAUUGACAUUCGAUUAGAUAACUUGGACGAAGACAUGAGAAUUGCUAAGGAAUACGUUAAAGUCUUUGAUGAAAUGUUGUCUAGUGAAGAACAAAAACCCGAUUCUCAUAAUAAUAUAGAAUCGAAUGAAGUGAUAGAGCAAUUACAUGAUCAAUGCCAAAAGUUUCAAGAAAAAAUAAGAUCGUAUAUUACAGUCGUGAUAGAAGAAGAAUUACUUGAGGAUCUUUUAAUUUUAAAUGAUAAUCUUUCAUCAUCACUUCAAAGAUAUUCCAAGAUGUACAGUACCGAUGGAAAAAACGACAAUUAA